UAAUAAUAUUCUCUUAAUUAAUCAUACGCCUAAACUCUUAUACGACCGACAUUACAUUCAUAAUCCCCUUCUCUAGUUAAUUUGUUUUCUUCUUACAAACCAUUGAAUCAAAACAGAAUGGGCAAUCCCCUUCAACUCAAAUCAUUGAAUCACAUCUCAUUGGUGUGUAGAUCAUUAGAGAAAUCCGUUGACUUUUACGUCAACGUUCUUGGCUUCUUUCCAAUUAAGAGGCCUACCUCAUUAAACUUCAAUGGUGCAUGGUUGUUUAAUUAUGGAAUUGGCAUACACCUUCUCCAAUCAGAUGACCCAGAAGGUAUGACGAGGAACUUGCACAUUAAUCCAAAGGACAGCCACAUUUCAUUCCAAUGUGAAAGUAUGGGAGCAGUGGAGAAUAAACUGCAACAAAUGAAGAUAGAGUAUGUGAAGAACAGAGUAGAGGAGAAUGGAAUAUAUGUUGAUCAAUUAUUCUUCCAUGACCCAGAUGGGUCCAUGAUUGAAAUAUGCAACUGUGACAAUAUACCAGUUGUGCCUUUAUCAGAUAAUAACAGCUUGUGGUCAUGCUCUCGCUUCAACUGCAAUAUUCGAAACCAACACAACCAGAUUCAACAAAUGAUCCCAAUGUAGUAGUAUUAAUAUCAAUAUGUUACCUUAUUGUAUAUAAUUAUAACAUUGAAUACUUUUUUGUAUUAUAUAUGUUAGAUGUUAGUAGUAGUGAUAUGAAAUUUCUUAUCACCAAAGUAGAAUUAGUGAAACUUUUUUAUUUAA